AUGGUGACAGACAUAAUGAAUAAAACACAUGAAUUUCUUCAACCUAAUCCAGCUUCUAGAGCAAAACUGAUGGCUUUUAACUCCUUAUCGAAAAUUCGUGGUCAAGCAAAGAGUUCAGCCUAUCCACAACCGGAGGGCACAUUGGGUGAAACUAUGGUCAAAUAUGGAAAGGAUCUCGGUGAAGACCGGUUUGGUGCUUGUCUUGUGGAGGCUGGAGAAGCAUUCAAAGAUCUUGCAGAGGUAAAAUAUGCUCUUGAAGAUAAUGUCAAACAGAACUUCUUGGACCCAAUGACUCAGCUGGCCAAUAAAGAUUUGAAAGAAGUCAAUCACCAUCGAAAAAAGCUCUCGGGGAGGCGGUUAGACUAUGAUUGUAAACGCCGGAAAAAGGAAAAAGUCGAUGCCAUGGGAGAGAUGGUCGGCUUUGGUUAUGGCGGUAGUCAGUCUGCAACAAACAGUCCUGUUCGUAGUCCCAUUCGAAGUCGGCCUGUCUCCCCAGGACUGUCUCCAGGUUCCGGGAUUGCUGAUGAAGAACUCAAGAUGGCAGAAGAAAAGUUUGAAGAAACAAAGGCAAUAACAGAAACUGCCAUGUAUAACUUACUGGAAAAUGAUGUAGAGCAGAUUACCCAGUUACAAGCUUUCGUUGAGGCUAUUACCAAUUACCAUCGGGAAUCUACAACUAUUCUGGAACAUCUUUGUGAAACUCUGGAAUACAAGAGGGAAGAUGCAGCUUCGCGUCCAAGGUCUGACCAUGUUGUGAAACGCGUAACUUCCUUCAGACGCAGUGCAUCACCAUCUCCAUUUAAUGACGAUGAUGGAUUUGGCGAUGCCACCUCUAGCAGCUCGGGCGGUGGCUACAACUUCCCUAGUUCUUCCUCAUUGGUUGAAUCUGGAAACAAAUCUAAACCUUGCUUCAUUUUUAUUUCUCUCUCUUUUUUCUCUUUUCUUCUGCUCUCAGAUUUCAAUUUUAUAUUUUUUCCUUUCUGUAAAUUUUUUUCUUGUGUAUCAGUUGCAUGUAACCAACUUUUUUUUUCUUCAAUUGCUGUUUUUUCUUUUCCUAAUCUAAAUCUUUCCUCGUUUUCUUUAGAUAGUGCACUUUGA